AUAUUGUGUCAAUUGUCUGCUGAAGUCUUGGAUGGCAGCUUGAUGCUGGUUGUGCAGCUGUAUGAAAAUGUUGUUUACAUGGAGAUUCUGCGACGAUGCAGCAAUUCCUGUUGAUUAAUUAUUGAAAGCGGGAUCAUAUUUAUUCUUGAGAUAAAUUGUAGCCUAUCAAAUUGAAAGACGUAGGUCUCCAGUUUUGAACAAAAUGUGAUAUUGCACCAAACAAACACCAAGCGAAGGAAUGUUACUGUAAGUUCGAGAAGACCUCCAUUGUCGAGGCUAAAAUGUUGAAGACGGAGGCUUCGGCAGAGAGGAAUACGCUGAGGAGUGCUUCUCCACAUCGAAAUGCCUACAGGGCAGAGUUCCAGGCUCUAAAGAAGGCCUUUGAUCAACCUAGGCAGGAUGGAGAUCCUAAGCCUAAAGACCAAGAGGGGGUCAGGCAACCUAGAGGAAGGCAGUAUGGUGCCCACGUCAGUCGUAUCAAGAACAUGUUCAUGCAGAUGGGGACUGAGAACCCCGGGUCGAACAAACGAGGAGGGGAUGAAACCUCCCCACAGAAACUCACCAAGCCAACAAACUUUAUAAACAAGGCGGAUGGGUCAGUAAUCAAGUUCCAGCAUGGUAAUGGAGAGCGGACUGGUGGUGGCCAUCACAAGUCAAAGUUCUCAGAAACAAGGAAACUGUUUGAGCAGAGCUCCAGAGAUGCUUCACAGUCACCUGUGUACUCUUACGGUAAAGAGAAGAGGGGUUCUCACGAGCAUUUGGAUGACUGGCGGGGGGCGCGUUCAAACAGAGGAAGUACGGACUCUUUGGACAGUCUUUGCUCCAGGACGGAGGCUUCAUCACCCACUGUGAGUCAGCUCAGUGCUGUGUUCGAAAAUGUAGACCAGCAGGGCCCUGGUGCUACUUUUAAAAGAGGAAGGGGGCUGUACUCCCCGGAUGGUCUACAGAGACAUGGGGAUGCCAGCGAAGACGAUACCAGCGCACGCCAGUCUCCGUCGUUUGGUUUUUACAGGACGCGAGUAGGUAGCAAGCACAAUCUGCCAGUUUCUUCCUCCUCAGAAGAUCUUCUCAGUCCUAGCCCUCUGUCAGAAGGAGGAGAUCAGGUGAAACCGGGUGAGAAGAAGCCCCAGGAGGGGCCAGCGGAGACAGAAAGCGGAAAAGUGGACGCAGAUACCGCUGAGGUGAUUGAUAGAUCCAGUGAACCAAAACACAGAGUAGAAGUGAACUCAACCGACGCCGUGGAAAGUUCCUUAACCUUGGCUCAAGUCAAUGACACUGCAGUUUGUGACAAAACUUCAGGAAAUUCAACUCAGUCUGCAUCCACCAAGGCCUAUGAGGACACAGACACUCAUUUGAAAGAGGAGUCCAGCCAGAUUACAAAGGAUCAAGUAGAGGAACCCACUGAGAAAUACUGUGGGAAUGAGAGAGUUGUUUUCAAUGCGGAUGGAGAUGCUUGCUAUCAGGGCUGGGGGGAGAGUUGCACAGACCUGGAGGAUGACCUAUAUGAUGAGGACAUUACUUAUGACCCUGGAUCAGAUAUCACAGAGAUUCCAGGUCUUCCAGAGGAGGACAAGGAUGAUGUUCCGCAAAAAAGAAAAAUUAAAUUCAGUUCUGCUCCUAUAAAAGUGUUUAAAACAUACUGCAAUGAAGAUUAUGACCGGAGGAAUGAGGAGGUGGACCCGGUGGCAUCAUCAGCUGAAUAUGAGCUGGAGAAAAGAGUCGAGAAGCUGGAACUUCUCCCUGUGGAACUAGAAAAAGAUGAUGAUGGACUGGGGAUCAGUAUUAUAGGAAUGGGGGUUGGUGCUGAUGCAGGCCUGGAGAAGCUGGGCAUUUUCGUCAAGACUGUCAUAGAGGGCGGAGCAGCAGAGAGAGAUGGAAGAAUUAAGGUGAAUGAUCAGAUAGUGGAGGUGGAUGGCACCAGUCUGGUGGGAGUAACUCAGAGCUUCGCUGCUUCUGUCCUGAGAAACACGCAAGGAAUAGUCAAGUUUGUGAUUGGCCGAGAGCGUCCGGGACAGCAGAGCGAGGUGGCUCAGCUCAUCAGUCAAACUCUGGAGCAGGAGAGACGUCAGAGAGAAAUGAUGGAGCAGCAGUAUGCUCAAUACGAUGCUGAUGAUGAUGAGACAGGAGAGUACGCCACGGAUGAGGAAGAGGAGGCGGGACAGACGGCAACAGACCGAGACGUUGCCAUUGAGGUUUUCGAUUUACCAGAAAACGAGGACCUCAUUUCACCAUCUGAACUGGAUGCCACCAAACUUUAUCAGAAGUUCAGAGAGCUGCAGAUUAAACACACUGUCACUGAAGCUGAGAUCCAGAAACUCAAGAACAAGCUGGCUGCAGUGGAAAAAGAGAAGGCACGGUGGGAGAGAGAGAAGACACAGCUGAAGCAAAGCAUCGAGGACAACAAGGAGAGGAUGCUGAAACUGGAGAGCUACUGGAUCGAGGCUCAGACGCUGUGCCAUACGGUCAAUGAGCAUCUGAAGGAAGCGCAGAGUCAGUAUCAGACCCUUGAGAAGAAAUACAACAAGGCCAAAAAACUCAUUAAGGACUUCCAGCAGAGAGAGCUGGAGUUCACCCAGCGAGAGGAUGCAGAGAAGAAGAAGCUGGAGGAGGUGGAGAAGAAUCAUUUGGCUGAAAUUCAAAGCCUUCAGUUAAGGAUUGCUUCUCUGGAGUCAGAGCUGAUGCAGCUGAUGAAACAAAAUGGCAUCCAGGUAAACAAUAACAACAACAGCGCGGAGAGCCGAGCACAGUUGACCGAGAGACUGAUAGCAUUACAGUGUCCGGGGAGAAACGUGCCUGAUGGGGAACUGUGUGAGAUGACAAGAAUCACUGGAGCACAGAGAACUGAGAGCCGUUUUGCCGAGAGACAGAGCCUGGAAGGAAGGGGCUCUGGGCCUCAAACCUCCAGUGUGUCUGAUGGCAUAGUGGAUCCUCUCAGGGACCUGCAACGUCAGCAGGGACCUAAUAAUGAAGUUUCCAGCUCUUCAGUGAGUGAAGCGGAGAAAUCCAGCAAAAAGCUGCUAGACUUAAGGUCAUCACUGAAGAAAAGUAAAGGGAAAGAGCAGGAUCUAAAAGCAUCUUCUGGUAUAAGCUCAACAGAACCUUCAGGAGACAACAGUCCUGACAGGGGCCCGAGAAAGGCUCCUGGAGCCUUUGAUGACCUCAGCAUCAGCAGUGCCAGCUCACCCGAGCUCAGUGGUGCCCUACCUGAUGUUAAGAUGUCUGGCCGACAAAUACUAACAUUUUCUUCAGAUGAGAGUGUGGAUAUGUUUGAAAACGAGGUGCUGGAUGAGGGUCAGCCUCCCAAACAUUACCAGUGGCAGAACCGCAGCGUGACAGAGUGGACAUGUCAACAGGUGUCCUGCUGGCUCAUUGGUCUGAACCUGGAACAGUAUGUCUCUCUUUUCACUGCUAAGAAUGUGGAUGGAGAGCAUCUACUGAAGCUGGACACCUCAUCCCUGAAGGAUCUGGGCGUGGAGUCGUCUCAGGAUCGGGCUCUGAUUAAGAAAAAGUUAAAAGAUCUGAAGGUGCUGAUGGAAAAAGCUCGCAGAAACAGAGAGAAAAUGGAGAAACGACGUGAAAAACUGCGCAAGAAGGAACUGGAGCAGGUUCAAAAACAGGUCCGGAAAAAUAGCAAGUCCUCCGGACCAGGAGAGGGCACCACUGAAUGAAUCACUUCUUAACCAUCAUUACUGUUUCACCAUGAGCAGCAUUGCAAGUAGCGAUGAGUUCAGAAUUUCAUCAGUUCUUCUUCACAAAAGGGGCUUGUUGCUAUUGAGCCGCCGCUGGACGAACAGAAACCAAAAUGUCCAAAUGAGGAUUUUCUGGUCUUUACUAAACAUUUUAAAUUCAGGUUUUUCUUGUUUUUGCAGAAUGAUCACUCAUUUUUGUUUUCCUUGUUUUAGGUCGGAUUAAAAUAUAUAUUUAUUUGCAUUGAAUAAUAGGUAUAUAUUGAACAAGAUCAUAUCAGCGUAUAACUCAUGACAAGCACCUUUAGAAAUGGAGACAAUGUACAUAUGCAGGUAACGUGAAUAUGAAAAUGUCUAACGUGCCAUUUUUCUAUCCAAACCAAGAUGUGUAUUUUGUCCAAGAGGCAGGAAAGCUUUAUAACGACGGCUUUGCUAAAGCACAGGUCAUAGUGAUGGACGGUGUCGUUGUCAUGGUCACGAUUAACGGUUCAUUUUUCUCAAAGACUUUGAGUGCUGCUCACAAGAACCACUACAAUCUGAUUUACUGGGAUACAGAAAACCUUACUGUGAGAAGAAAGCCAUUCCAGAUAAUGAAAUACUCUAUAAUGACCUCAAAAUCCUUUUGUGGAUACUCUACUGUAUACUUCGAACCCAGUGUUUGGAUCUCCUUCAAUGACCUGCCAGUAUUCAAGUGUGUUCCAAUAAGUUGUCCUUCGAGCUUGAAACUACUGAUCUUUGAAAGACUCAUCAUACUUGAUAAUAAACUAUUUCAGGAGUCCACCGGUUUAAACUCUACCCCAAAGACGCAAGCUGUGUACCCUAAAACGAAAAGGAGAAAUUAAGAAAAAAAUACUGCUAGAUCCUGUGCUGCUUUUAUUCCAUAGAUACCUGCUUUUACCCUCUACAUUGCCCUGAGAUAGAUUCUCGCUAGGACCCGCGUGCUGCCUUUUGAAAUGUUAUAUAGUUUUUUAUUUUUUAUUUCAUGGUUUACUGUUUUAUUCUGGACACACAAAUGUGUAAAUGCACCACUGUUUUUAUUUUUUGCAUCAACAUUUUUGUAGAGCAUAUUACAAAUGUGCACUUGCUCUCUAGGUUUUCGUGUUAAGAUUUCAUUCCUUUUGAGCCCUUUGUUAAUUUUUACAUUUUUUAAGUGUUAAAUAAUUGGACAGAGAGUUUUACAAUCUAGAGUAACUAAUAAUUCCUCUAUUGAUUUAUCCUGGGUUAUGUUUUAAAGUUUAUGCAACACAUUACCAGUAUGUAUGCAUUGCAAGUAUACAAAAACACAGUAGCCUACAGAAAAAUUCAUAUUUAGCUUUGAUGAAUCAUUCCUUAACCAUAUUUUUCUCAUUUUUUCAUGCUAAAAAGACACAACACGCUGUUGUCUCAUUUGUGAUACAGCACAUAUCAUUCAUGUUUACAUGUGAACUACUACUUGUUUCCAUAGCAACAUGAAGGCAGCUCUGGUGGUUAUUGGGCACUGUGCAGAGUACAUUAAGCAGUGCCGGAUGACCCUACGCUUUUAUUACCCUCAAAUAUUACUCAAUUUAAGAUUAUAUUAUUCUUCGUUAUUUAUUUUACUUCUCUCAUAGUAUUAUUUAUUAUUUUAAACUAAUCAAAGAAAUCAGUUAAUAUUUAUUUAUGAAGCAAAAAAUUACCAAAAAAAAAAAAACACACUUUCACUUAUAUUAUGAGAUUGUAUGUUUCUUUAUUAACUCACAAUGCACUUGUGAACAAGUCUUCAUGAUCAUAAUGGCAAAGAUAAGCUUGAUAAAAUCUUUUCCAGCCCUCAGCUAAGAAAUAACCCGCUGUAGAUCCAAAUCUAACCUGCCUAUCCGUGUACAAUACUGACUUUUGUAUGUCAAAGUUGAAGCAAUAGCUUUUAAGCUCUGCGUUUUUUAUAACUUCUCAGUUCCAUGAAGAGACCACAGUAUGGAGGGUCCACCGGGGGUGUCUGUUUGAAUGUGUUUACAUGCAGGGAUAAUCACCUAUGGAUUUAAAUACAGAAAUGUGCUUGUCAUUCAUGGAUUGUUUUGUUGUAUUAAUGUUUCACUGAUAUUUGAGGGCGCUUACCUGACACGUUUAUUGAAUCGUUACACCCUGUUGUUGGUAUAUGGCAGAAUCAGUCAGGGUAUAUUGCACGCAAAGCCUGAGAACAGAGCAUUAACCUGUAUAUUUUUUUUUCGUCAUACCCGCAUGUGGGACCUCAAUGUGCCAUACCCGUUCUUUCCAAAACUACUAAAUUUGAUGAUUUUUUUCCAUGGAAAUAUGAAAAGCCUUGUGAAAGUUUGUCAUGUUGGGCUGUAAAUACACUUUAAAUGACAUAAUUGGUCAGAUAAAUACAAUGAAAGAUCAUUUCAAACCUG